AAUAAACUCCAUUCAAGAAGAAGUGAGCGUUUACGUUAUCAGGUCACGCGCAGCACGCCUGCGCGAAUUUGCGUCUCACGCGGCGCUAUCAAAUUGUUUGUUUCCGGACAAACAUCCCGUUGAAUGAGUUAACUUCGCCUUAUAUUGUCACUGCGGUCGCGAGUUUCGUCUUUAUUUCGAAUAUCGCUUUACAAAUGUUCAAACUUGAAGAGUGAGGAACAAAACUAGCAACAAUGGACGAGGUAAUUUCAAGUUUUCAUUCAACUUUAACACCAGGAUUGUUGGAGAAAAGCUCAGCUCCGUUUCGAUAACACGCAUUUUGCGACCUAGUCACCUCAUUUUCACUGUGAUUAGUUCACCAGCUAGUUGAAAUCAUCUGCACUGAGACCGUGUCUCAGCUUACUUGGCUCAUGUAAAUUGUAAAAAUGUCUGUUAGAUCAGUUGUCCUCCAAUCUACCAAACCAUGAGUCAGUCUUUGUGGUUUAUCUAACCUCCUUGGUCUUGAGGUUUUCUUCAGAGGAAACUUUGCAUCUUUCCUUGGUGAUUUCUGACCUCCAAACAGCAUUGGAAUUGACAUUAAAAUACAGCAGCACUGAUUCAAUAAAUACCUGUUCAAUGUGUACCUAUUUAAACCAUUUAACACAUUUGCUGGCAACAUUUUCUUGAAUAUGAAUUGAUUGGUUUUUGUCACAGCAUUAAAUUGUGAAAAUGAUCAUUAAAAUUCAUGAAACACUUUUCAGGUGUCUUGAUCAGAGAGCUAAAAGUCAGAUUUAACAAAAUAUUUUAACUAGAAUUUAUGAGACCAUAAAAAACAGCAAAUAGUUUGAAUUACUAUGUGUGAAAGAUGAAGGAUUUCCAUAGAUAAUAAAUACAUUGUUUUUCAAAGAUAGACAUUCAGUGAUGUGUCCACUAUCUGUUUUCCAUUACUACAAAUACAUUGUACUUCCAUAAAGCCAAUUUGUUGAAGCCAGCUGUCCACAGGCACAAGCUCUAAUUACAUAGCUAAUGUGACAUGUUAUGGCUGUAUACAUCACCUGAAAUAUCUUCAUUUUUGAGGACGCUAAUUGUUGACUUCUUAAGCUAGCAUCUGCCAAUACCUGUGUUAGGCCAGUAAAAUUGUGCAUCUCUAAUUUGAAGAUCAGUUGUUUUCAUAUUUGUGGUAUUUUACAAAAGGUAAAAAUCUGUUAGUUGAAAGCCUGAACAUGUAAAAGAAAACUGUCUGCAGAAGUGUUAUCAAUGCUGUUUUUGACUACGGGACUGUUUUUCAUUACUUUGGUAAAUCAAAUCUUAAAUCUUAAAUAAUCUUGUGCUUGCUUCCCAUAAUCAACCUUUAAGAAAAUAACCUGGUAAAAUAGAAUUUUCUUACAGUCAACUCCUUAAUGACUUGUUUUUUUUUUUCUUUUCAUUCUUUUCUUUUUCGGAGGGGAUGAUCAACGUCAAAGCUCUGAGGGCCAAGUUUCAGGAAGAGGCCCUGCUGGCUCAAUCAAAAACCAGCCGACCAGCUGUUGCAGAGAAGCCCAGACACCUUCCCCCUCCUGGCAGUCACUGCAGCUCUGUGGUCGGCAGUAUUAAUAUUGCUGUUGAAAACAAGACACAAGUUCCCCGGGUCAUCUUCAGAGAUGGGCUGCGGUCAUCUGGAGGCAAGCGACCAAUUUCCUUCCCACCACAGCCUCAGCAGACCUCCUCCUCGUCUCAGCUUGCUAAUGGAGACAGCACAACAAGGCAGUCCCUCAAAGACCGACACAUGCCUCUGGUGCUUCCUGCCCUGCCUGUAAAAGAGCAAAAGACAGAGCCACAAGUCAAAAAGGAGCACAAACUUGACCCAGAGCCAGGAAAAGAUGUCCUGCCACACACAAAAAUGAAGAAGAAAGGAUUGCUGCUUCCUUUCAAGUCAGCCAAAGUUUCAAAAGUCAGUGCGGAAAAUGGAGAGGAGCCUACGUAUGCUGAUUUGACCACCAGACCUGCCAGUGCACCUGGUGAGUUGCCCUCCUUAGAAAAACAAACCACAGAAGACAGGAUUUCUCUGCACAGUGACCAAUCGGCCUCUGAGUUCCCCUUGUCUAGCCCAGAUAUUCCAAUCACCCCUCCUCCUGCAGAGACGAGUGUUGACUCAGACAACAAAAUCAUUAGCACCUUGGAAAGGGCCAAGAAGAAGUUUUCACGCAGGCAGAUGUUGAUCACGGCAAAACCCAAAAGCCUGCGUUCCCCUGACUACGCCUCAAAAGACAAAAAGUUUCCUUCACUACCAAAAAUCCAAAGUGCUGAGCCCGAGCUCUCCUUACCCUCAGCAGGGUGUCUCCCACACCUGGCUUGUAUUUCAGCCCGGCCUUUCUUCAAAGCCAAAAACGCUGGUCGUAGUAAGUUACAUUUGGUCAUUAACUGUUUCAGGGAUUUUAUACUGCUUGUGAAAUUGUGAUUUCUAAUGUGUUUGCAAUACUUUUAUUUCCAAUAACCAGAGUCUCCAUUGAACAAGCAAUUUAGCAAGAAUAAGAUUGAACUUCCCUCUGGCAAGGCUGCUGAACCCCAUCCACCCUCUGCUCCUUCCAAGAAGCCCCUGCCUGACUUGUGGCUACUGGGUUCAGCGCCACCUAAGCCCCCCAGACCUCCAUCAGUAGAUCUGAGCGCUUACCUCCUACCCACUUUAAAUGGUAUGAUAAAACAACUCAGCAUCUCUCUGUGUCUUUGAUUUAUGUAGCUGCACUGUAUUUGACAUUUGUUUUCCCCUUCUGGGGCCACAGACCGAAGAAUACAAUGAGGAAAAAGUUGCAUUAUCCUUGGACACCAGUGACUAUGUAUUAUCUGCUCUGCUAUUUACAUUAAACUUCUUCAUGGUGAGGCUGAACAUCUGUUUAAAGCUGAUUUUGGUCUCUUAUUAUAGAGGUGUCAUCAGAUCUGAGCCAACCAUCAAGCGAUGAGCCAGAAUCCAUCUCUAACCCUGUGCUGGAUGCUCCAGAGUUUCCAGACUUUGAGAAUUCAGAGAUGGACACAGCAGAAGGGGAACCUGUUGACAUCGGUGCUCUGGAGCUGGAGGCCUUAGACUUAGUCAGCACUGAACUUCCUGUGCCAGAUGAUUGCGGGGGUUCAGAAUUUGAAGAUCAACAACAUGACUUGUCCGAGAACGAUCCUGCAGAGCCACAUAUGUGCAACACCUUCCAGGAUCUGAACCUUGGCAAUCAAAAUAUAAUACCUCUUGAUCCUGAACUAAUAAACCUGUCGGAGCUCCAAGAGCCUGCUGCAGCAGCAGAGCAGUGGUCCCAGAGUGAGGAGGUGAGCAUGGACCCUCUCUCUAGCUCUCAAGCUGAUGAGACCGAUCUCGCAGCUGCUGAGUAUCACUCUGCUACACAGGACACAGACAGUUGUAAUCACUCAGCAUUAAAUGAAGGGACUAAAAUACAUCCAAGGUAAAACUUUGGAGCAUCUAUGAUCACAUUUUUGUAUUUAUUUUUUAAUUGAGGUAUGUUUUCUUUAUUUUAUAAAUGACUUGUUUUGCUUCUAGUGCAAACCCGCAGGACGGUUACUACGAAGCGUGUGACAAUGUCUAUGAGGAUGUCGAGAACCUUAACAAAUUCAUCUUAAGCCAGAACCUGCGUAAAGGGAAAGAUGGUCUAAAGAGUAAGGAUCUGUCUCUACAAAAUCUAGUGUUUCUCCUUGUUUAAAACAGAUUUUUUUAAGAUCCUGUUUCCCCCCUCUUACACCCCGUCAACUACAGAUCCAUAUGCAGACAACCUCCCAAUGGUAACACAUUUUUGGUAUUUUCUUAUCACCUUCAAUACAUUAAAGGGAGUUCCGCACAAUGAUGAAAUUAGUGUGCUUCCCACUCGGUCAUCUGUGCUUCAUUAAGAAUUUUCUGUGUUUGUUUCAAGAAGGAGGAGGCUUGUCUUCACAUAUGGCCAAGGAAUCCCUGGUAUGCCUUUCUUUUCCCAAACAUUUAAGUCCUGUGUUUUAUCCCUGACAUUUGUUUUUGCCUCCUGGAGGGCAGCCACUGAUUUUUUUUUCUCUGAUUGUGCUCCAACUACAGGGCUGCUGUUGCUGGAGAACAACCUCAUUCCACUCACAAUCAUGUCCCCAGGUGAGGUACACAACUCGUCUUUCUUACUUGUCGUUGCUGUAAAGAAAACUUCAGUUGUCCUACAUCCAGCAUAUCCAUUCUGCUUGUAUUUCCACCUAAAGAAAAUAAGUCUCUUCUUGUGUCUUUUUCAACAUAAACAGUAACAUUCACUCUAAUUUUGUCCAGUUAUUUUUCUCUCAACUGGAUUAAUUUGAAUUAAUUCAGGGUGUUUUUGUGUAAUACAUUUAGUACAUUAUCUUUAUUUGCCAACAAGCAGCUUCAUUUGUUUCCAGAAAAGAGCCCCAAAGCCCCAACACUGCAGAACUCAAAGAACAGAGGAAGAGGGAGAAGCAGAGGCUGGAGAAGGAGAAAAAGGAGCAAAAGGAAAGAGAGAAGAAGGAAAAUGAAAUGAAAAAGAAGUUCAAAGUAAGUUAUCAAACAGCAAAGGUGAAGAUUUCUCUCUGGUCACUUUUUAUUCAGCCCCUAAAAGGAAUUUGAUUGGCUGAAAAAAUGUGUUUUGAAUCUUUCAGGUGACCGGUGAAGAGGAGCCCAUGUACCAUGCUAAGGUUAUCUUGGCCAGUAAGGUUCGUAAGAAUGACCUGCCUGUGAAGACCGGGGACAUAGUCAGCAUCAUUCGCACUACCAACUGCCCCAAAGGCAAAUGGCUGGCUCGAGACGCCAACCACAAGUGUGAGUGCAGUCAUAAUUUCUUUAAAAAAAACUGAAUUUGGGAUAAAACAACACAAACACCUACAUUUUAAGAAGCCAUCUUAUUUCAAACUACAGAACUUAAAACAGAUUUAAAAUUUUUAGAGUAUCGUUUUUCCUCAGUGUGCCAUGAGUCCCUCUGUGUUUUUAAUAACUGCUCUGUCCUGUUUGAUGCAGAUGGUUAUAUUUCAGUCAUGAAUGUGGAACUAAACAUUAAGGAGAUGCUUGAACUUGGCAAGAAGGCCCAAGCAGCUGGACGAGGAGGCAACCAUGAGGGGGACACCAUCAGCAUCGGGAGCAGGUUGAACCCUGACAAAAUGUUUUGUCUCACCCUAAAGCAAUUUGUAUCUUUCUAUUGGUGCCAUAACAGCAAUACUUCAUUCCUUUUUGUUUGUUUUUGCAGAUCCUCUAGCCACCCUGUACUAACAAGCAGUUGUAAGUGUCUUAUUGAAAUAGCUUGGUAAUAUGAAUCUCCUCUUUUCUGUAACCUCUGACCUUAACUUUGUAUUAGUUUCUUUAUCAUCUCACAAAGCACUGCAGCCUUAUGAAGAGAAAACACAACUGGUUUAUGUAAUGCAUGGGCUUGUUGACUGAUGGGGAACAGUCGCACACACGUUGGCACACAGCCAAAGAGUCCCGCAACACAAUGCCUGGUCUGAAUAACUGAACAAGUCGUCGUCUGCUUGACAGUGAUUUGUUAUUUUAUGAUCAGGAAGGAACCACGCGCAGACUGAUGGCUUCGGUUUCUAUCCUGCAAAACAUCCAUCAUCUUUGAGCACACAGAUUAAUCAAACUUUUGUUUCCCGACAGUUACAGAUGACAGUGAGGAGUGGGCUUGUGAAGAUGAGACCCUCUCCCCCACCAAUGAAAACUAGUAAGACAGACUCUUUGACUGCUCUGUGACGUAAAGAUGCUUUAUUGUCUGAAGGAGAAUGACCACAUGAGAGUGCAUUCAUCCAUCGUUCCUGGAAGAUAUGCCUGAUUUUAUGUUGCACACAGUAUAUAAUUACAGUCUUCCUUUUCAUUCGGUGUUGCAGCUUUCCCCAGCAGACUGCCUCAUUGCCUGAUAUGUGUGAGUACAUUUUACACGCAGUCCUUUUGAAGUAAGAGGGAAAAUGCUUUUUACCCCCUCGCUGUUGCCUGGUUUAGUGGCUGUUUUAUGUUCAGCACUGACAUAUGUCAGACUGUAACAUGCCUUUGAUGUGCUUUUUUACCAUGCCAUUUCCUCCCUCCCUCCCUCCUCUGUCUAACAACCCUUGCAUAACUUACACCCCCCCAUCCUGACCCCCCCCCCCCCCCACACACACACACACACACACACACACACACACCUCUUCUUUACCCCCCUCCCCCCUCUGCCCUUCAUGUGUGCACUCUGACAGCGUGCAGCCAUGUCAGUGCCCAGCACACUCUGAGCGAUGCCAACCUGGAAGACCUUUACACACAGUGAGUCUCCUACACACAGGAUUCAAAGCAGAUGCGUUGGCACUCUCCUCUUGCACAUGUGCAGAGAAUGUUCUACAUCUCACCUUUAAGGCAGCAAGUGUAGACAUGGGAUGUAUAGGCAAACCCUUAAUUAUUUUCACAACUGAAGAAUAUUAAACUUUAGAUAGAAGGAAGAUAUGAUGAAACAGUGUGUUGUAAAAAGUCAAGAUAUUUGGUCUGGUUUUAACUUAUUUAGCAAUUCUUUUGUAUUGUAAGAUGUAUUUUGUAUCUUGUACUGGCAAGACCAGAGACAGACAUGCGAGAGACAUUAAGCCAGGAAUGCAGAAAAGUUUUCAUUUUUCUCCAGUGUAUCUUAAGGGGAAAAACCUCCUUACAAAGUCCCAAAGCCGAAGGUGAGCUCAACUUAAAGCUGGUCUCUAUGUUUACAGCAAUACAAAUAUGCAGUUUAUUAUACUUUACGCAGAGAUCAUCCCUUUAGCACACAAGGAAGACUGAAAUAAGCCAAGGCUUUACAAUUUUGUUUGGAAGGUAGCCAAAUUGGUGAGUAAAAUGUUCAGAAUUUCACUUUUUGUCAAUUUUUUAAAUUAUUUUUACACUCACAAUAAAGACUAAAAUUCAUACUCAUGUCUCUUCAUGAUAUCCAAAAGUAAACAAGGCCAUCAGUGACAAAAUUUGCUAUCUGUAUAUUGUGACUUUUAAUGCCUGAAACCAGUGUGGAGGGGAGAUGUAAGCCUGACAGCUGUAGAAACAGCCCUGUUUUUAAAAUUUCUUGAUAAAAUAUUCACAGUGAACAAUACAUUGGACUGUGAAAUGUCAGCAAGAUGAGACUUUAUUAUUAUUUUUUGUCAAAUAACAUGACUUCAGCAUGUCAAGCACAAGAUCAGUGAAACAGCUUUAGUUACAGAAGGCGCAAAAUUUCAAGCUAUCAGAUCCUAAAACCUGUCCAACUGUCAUUAUAGUAACCUAAAAAAAAGUAUUGAAAGGGGCCUAGUGUGAAUUACUCAGAUGUCUGCAGUGACAUAUUAAAUUUUUGGAGAUAAAACACUCAAACCGCCUGGUUUGGAUCAUUAGAGGCCUUUUGUACUUUAAACAUGUGAUAUUGAAAAGGAGUUUGACCCCUUAAAGACUCAGUUAUUUCCUAUGAGUAACCACAUUCAAUGAAGUUCAGAGGACACAUCUCAGGUUGUUUAUUUUAAAAUGAAGUCCAGAGGUUAAGCAGAAGCCAGUAUUGUGCAAAGCUCUGACCUCAGCAGUUCUUGCUUCAAACUAGUGACUUUUUUUUAUGCCUCAGUCCUCAUCUUUCAUCACAUUUGGCAUAUGCAGGAUAACUCAGAGCCUUGUUAAUUUCCUCUUGAGGGGGAAGAAGGAGAUAAUGCUGUUUGCUCCUCUUAACUUCAAGAUGCCAAAAUGAUCUAGAGCUGGCAUAAGACCCUUUUAGUUUAACAAAUCAAGAGUAGCAGACAGUGAAAUCAGGGUCAUCCGAAAUGAACAAUAAUGACUAAUAGCUAAACAUACACUUGUAGAGUUUGAUAUUUCAGGAUUUGUGAAUGUGUUAUUUCAAUUUGCUUUUUCUUUUAUUUUUUGUCACAUCUAAUACAUUUUUCUCAUGAAUAUUUUUUAUGACAUUUUUUUGAGACAUGACAAAUGAGACUACAGACAAUUGAACUUCCUUUAUUAGGGGAUAAAUGAAGUUCUUUUUCUUCUUCUAUUCACUUUAGUUAAAAAUGACACCCAGAACACUCUGUAAUCCAACCAAUUUCCUCCCGCACCUUUACUCUUCGUAAACAUAAACUCUCUUGUUUGAGUUCCUCUUGGGACAAACUGUAAGUGUCUGCAGCUUUUGGAUUAACAUAAAUUAGCCAUGGGUAACUUGAUUGGAUUAUGGCAUAAUUUGUAGGUCCUCUUUGUGGGUCAUUGAUAAUCACGGUGUGGUUUGUUUUGAAAAUGAGUAAGUGUUGUAACUUGUUUGAACCCUCAGGACCAGACAUGAGGCUCUGCAGAAGCUUGCCAUCUUCUUUCAACACGGCAAAGAUGACUUCAGUGACAUGGCUGAUAGUGAGGGCAUGACUCCUACAAAGUAACGUAUUUUCUUAUCGUCGAUCUGACCGAUAGUGUCCAUUUGUCUUUCACUCAACAUGAUUUCCUUUUAUUAAAACUCCCUUCAAAUGUUGUUUGUCUACUCCAUGCACAGCACUGAACAACAGGGUAAGCUUACAAAGUCGAUGUUUCUGCAUGUCUCCACUGUUGUCACCACUUACAUCACACUCACUGAUAAUGGUGAAGCCAAGAGGCGAGUAGUUAGAGAUCUCUUUAAGCACUGCAAGCUGAGCACCGGAAGGCGCCUUGGUUGUAAUGGAAAAUAACUUGUGGGGCACACUUAUCUAAUCCCAGUAAACUGAAGACAAGUUUCAGACCAUGCUGCACAGACAGUGUAGUAUUGAGGUGUCAUCUUCUUGUUUCCUCAGACUUCUUAUGUGCCGUUGAGGAACCUCCAUAUCCGUAAGUGUGGACAGUUUCCUUCUAAUCAGGGAGAGAGAUUUGAUCCUUAUUUAUAUCCGCAUCAGCCGGCUUUUGAGUAUGCUCCUUUGCCAACAUCCGAGUACUCCAGGUUCUUUGGCACAUUCUCAUUGUAGGCUAUGAUGUCUCUUUUACAGAGAGCAGGAAGUUGACUUUGCAGAGCUGGGACUCCUUCCUCCCCCGCCACUCUAUGCUGACACCUUCUGAUCACCAUGAUAAUUGAAGCAGGGUAUGCAUGAGUAUGUCAACAUUUUGGGUUUAACAUCAUGGAAAAUUUCCACCAAGGAAAGAGACAAGUUUACCAUGUAAUAAUGAGAACUAUAUUUUUGACUCUUCACAAUGAAGACAAGAAACCACUGCUGUAGAGGAGCUGCUGAUGUGACUGUUGUAACUGAUUCAACUUUUGUUGCUUCACAUCUAUUUUCACAUUGUUUUCUCUAAAAAGAGCACGCCUUGAUUUACUGCACGAUAUCUAAAAUAAAGAACAAUGACAAAGUAGCUAACCAUACACUUAAAGAGUUUGAUAGUUCAGGAUUUGUUUGUGAAAUUGUUAUUCGAUGUUGUUUUUUCUUUUGUUUCCUUGUUACAUCUAAUAAAUAUUUGUCAUUGAUUCAUGUUUUUUUUUUUAUGACAUUCACCUGAUUUAAGAAUGAC